AUGCUAUUCUUGCGAUGGCUUCUCCCAUUUCGCACGCAACAGGCCGCGGAGGAAGGCCCCGUUCUGCAGCUCACGAGCCAAAACGAUGCCGAGGCGGCCAAGGAGGGCUUCUUGCUGUGGAGCAUCAUACCUGCAGCCCCUUACGCGAGGAUACGGGAAUUAAGCGAAGAAACCUUUUCAGACCCAGGCGGCCUUUCUCGAUCUUUCCAAAGCCUCCGCCGGCUCGCCAACAUCAAGGUUAUCUGGGAGUGCGAUACUCCCAAUAGCCAGGACCGUGAUUGGGUGGGCUUGCGGGAAAACUGCGAAAUUUAG